AUGACCGAUAACACUGUCGAUAAAGCUCUUCACAAGGCUAUCAUCCUGCCACAACUCCAUCCCCGUUGUCUCCCAUUGCCUGUAUCUCCCCCCUCACAUCUUGCUAAAAUUCCAUUUCCAUCUGCUUGCAGAGUACCUCAACUCUUUGACGACCUCGCUACUGGGAUCGCAGGGCUUGGUUGUUCUGAAGUGUGCCACUCUUGCGCCCCGUCUCCGUUCAUUCAGAUUCGCACGUCUUCAUCUCUUCGCUCUCUCCAGCCGCGCCGUACACCGGCGAGCCGCCAUGUACAAUACACAUUCUCUGUGCGGACGGCCAACAGCACGGGAGGAAAGCACAGGAGCCUCUUCACCUCACCAAUUAGGGAUGCAACAGGUGAGCGAUUCAAGCCCUUCUCCUUGAUCAUGUUCGCUGCGACAAGACAAUCCAUCUCAAGGAUGAAAGGUUCUCUGCUCCACUCGAGGGUUAGGGCGAUCCCCUCCAUGCACGCAGCCACUUCCGCCUCCAGCGGACUCGCACAGUAUGUGAGGAACCUGCAAGAGGAGAAGAUGAUUGCACCACUGUGGUCUCGGAGGAUCAUCCCGGCACCGCCUGUUCCGUCCUCCUCGCGCCACGCGCCAUCGACAUUGAGCUUGUUCCAGCCGGCUGGUGGCUUCGCCCACCGCUCCGGAGGUCUAGUAUAUGAAGCCUGCAUGACAUGCGCCUUACUAUUACUUCUAGUCUCCCGAGAGACCACCAUUUUCCCCUUCUUGAUGUCUACGUGAGGAUGUUGCUGAAUACAUCGUAGGCUCUCAAU